AUGAGGAAGAUGAGUCUUUUCUCUGCUGUCCUGGUCCUGCUGAUGGGCCUUUCAGCUCAAGACAGUUCCCAGGUACAACCACAUGAGGAAGGUGUACAGACCGAGAAGCCCUUCCGUUUAGACAUAACUUCAAGAAUUCUUGAGGCAAAUAAAGGCAUCAGCCAAAAUCUGGUGGAAGGUGACAUUGCUCUCUCAGAGAAGAGGAAUGCCAUGAAAUGCUGGUACAGCUACUGCAAAUGGCAAAAAUCCUACAAUGGACUGGUUGAAGUACCCUACACCCUCAGUGAUUACUUCUAUGAUAGUGAAAAGGCUUUAAUUAGGAAAGCUAUGGAAACCUUCCACAGGAAAACAUGCAUUCGCUUUGUUCCACAUUAUGGGCAGUCGGACUACCUCAGCAUUGAGAGUGAACUUGGGUGCUGGUCCUCUGUCGGCAAAGAUGGAGGACAGCAGGUGGUUUCUCUCUCCGUGUACGGCUGUCUUGAUCAUGGCAUCAUUCAGCAUGAGCUCCUCCAUGCACUUGGCUUCCACCAUGAGCAUACUAGAAGUGACAGGGACCAGUAUGUCAGGAUCAACUGGGAGAAUGUUCCUGCAUCAAGUGCCUUCAACUUCCACAAAAAGGAUACCAACAACUUGAACACACCAUAUGACUAUUCUUCUGUUAUGCAUUAUGGAAGAACUGCCUUUACAUCCGAGUUUGGAGUGGACACCAUUACUCCUAUUCCAGAUUCCUCUGUGCCAAUUGGGCAAAGGGAUGACAUGUCUGAUAUUGAUAUCCUGAGGAUCAAUAGGUUAUAUGAAUGCAACAUUUGAAUGAAAAUGAAAACAACUUUCACAAGAUAUCUUCAAAACAUCAUGAGUGGCAAUAUGUAUAAUGUUGAUUGAUCACACAAAUUAAAUAAAUAAUGAUAUAAUAAUCCAUGUCGUCUUUCCCUCUUGCCUACGACUGCAUUAAUCAUGAUUGAUGCAUAUUUUAAUCUCUCAAGUAAGCAAUCAUUGUAAGCCAACCAUAUCAAUUGUUGUCUUUGACAGUCCACAAAAUCAUCACAUUAUUUUAAUUAUUUAAUAAAAAAUAAAUUAAAUGAGCAAGUAAGAG